CAGUGAGAUAGGCUACCACGACUGGGCUCUCAGGUUCGGGUCUUGCGGAGGCGGGGUUCCCAUAUCCCUUCCUAGCAAUUUCCUAUGCCCUAGCAAUUUCCUAUUUCCUGGCUUCUCCUAAAGCACCUGCUAUCGCAGCAUUUAUUUGGAGGAUGCCAAGGCCAAGAUCUUUCCUCCCUGAAAUGUGUUAGCUGAUGUGUGCUUUCUGUGUUUUGUCAUCUUUUUUUUUUCUUUUUGUUUUUGGACAGGUUACAUUGAUUUAGCCUGAUAAAGAUAUCUGGAGACCAUGACCAAGAAAAGAAUUGCUGUGAUUGGGGGAGGUGUGAGUGGCCUCUCCUCUAUCAAGUGCUGCCUGGAAGAAGGCUUGGAGCCACUCUGCUUUGAAAGGACUGAUGACAUUGGAGGGCUCUGGAGGUUCCAGGAAAAUCCUGAAGAAGGAAGGGCCAGUAUUUACAAAUCAGUGAUCAUCAACACAUCUAAGGAGAUGAUGUGCUUCAGUGACUAUCCCAUCCCAGAUCAUUAUCCUAACUUCAUGCACAACUCCCAAGUCCUCGAGUAUUUCAAGAUGUAUGCCAAAGAAUUUGAUCUUCUAAAGUAUAUUCGAUUUAAGACCACUGUGUGCAGUGUGAAGAAGCGGCCUGAUUUCUCCACUUCAGGCCAAUGGGAGGUAGUCACAGAAUCUGAAGGGAAAAAGGAGGUAAACGUCUUUGAUGGAGUCAUGGUUUGCACUGGCCAUCAUACCAAUGCUCACUUACCCUUGGAAAGCUUUCCUGGAAUUGAGAAGUUCAAAGGACAGUACUUCCACAGCCGAGACUAUAAGAAUCCAGAUAUUUUCACUGGAAAGAGAGUCAUUAUAAUUGGCAUUGGGAAUUCGGGAGGGGAUCUGGCUGUGGAAAUUUGCCACACAGCCAAGCAGGUUUUCCUCAGUACCAGGAGAGGGGCUUGGAUCCUGAAUCGCGUAGCAGACUUUGGAUAUCCUUUUGAUGUGUUAUUCUCUUCUCGAUAUAAAUACUUUCUUUCGAAGAUUUGUGGUCGAUCAUUAGUCAACAGUUUUUUAGAGAAAAAGUUGAACCAAAGGUUUGACCACGAAAUGUUUGGCCUAAAGCCAAAACACAGACCUCUGAGUCAACAUCCAACAGUGAAUGAUGACCUGCCAAAUCGUAUAAUCUCUGGCUUGGUAAAGGUGAAAGGAAACGUGACAGAAUUCACAGAAACAGCUGCCAUAUUUGAAGAUGGCUCCAGGGAGAACAACAUUGAUGCUGUUAUCUUUGCCACAGGCUAUACUUUUGCCUUCCCUUUCCUUGAAGAUUCUGUCCAAGUAGUCAAAAACAAGAUAUCCCUAUAUAAAAAGGUCUUCCCUCCUAACCUGGAAAAGCCUACUCUUGCAAUCAUAGGCUUGAUCCAGCCCUUGGGUGCCAUUAUGCCCAUUUCAGAGCUGCAAGGACGCUGGGUCACUCAAGUAUUUAAAGGGCUAAAGACAUUGCCCUCACAAAGUGAAAUGAAUGCAGAAAUAGCUAAGGCUCAAGAGGAAAUUUCAAAAAGGUAUGUGGAGAGCCAACGUCAUACUAUUCAGGGAGACUAUAUAGAUACCAUGGAAGAGCUUGCUGAUCUGGUGGGCGUCAGGCCCAAUCUGCUGUCUCUGGCCUUCACUGACCCCAAAUUGGCAAUACAGCUAUUUUGGGGACCCUGCACUCCAAUCCACUAUCGUCUUCAAGGCCCUGGAAAAUGGGAUGGAGCCCGAAAAGCUAUUCUCACCACAGAAGAUCGUAUCAGGAAGCCAAUGAUGACUAGAGUAAUUGAAAGCAGAAAUUCCAUGACUUCCACAAUAACAAUGGCCAGGUUUAUGCUGGCUAUUGUUUUCUUUGCUAUAAUUAUGACCUACUAUUAGCUGUCCCAUUUGUCAUUGCCCUAGUUUUCUCUGGAAAACUAGAUCUACAGAUGCCUUAAGAAUCUGAUGCGAUUGAACAACUCUCAGCUUCACAUUGCCCAGGUAUCCCCUUUUAUUUCUUUUGCCAAAGCAUUAAUCCUCUGUCCUCAUUUCCCUACAGUGAGAUUCUAGUUUUUCAUUCAUAUUGAUUUCCCUUCUUUCCUUUUACGACCCGCCACUUUUUCCUUUUAGUAACCCCU